CGUUCCCUCCAACUCGUGUAGUAUGUUGAGUUGUAACAGGGGGACAACUGUUUGGUUUUGGCCCUCUGACGUCACAUCCAUUCCCACAAUGCCAUAGUAACACGACUGCGCACUCGCGCUCGUGGACGCGCACCAGCAGACAGCCCAUCACACACAGAGCGAACAUGGCGGGCACCUCCGACCCUCUGGAAGACAUGCUCUUCUCCGAGGUGGACGAGAAAGCCGUGAGCGAUCUUGUGGGCUCGCUGGAGUCUCAGCUGGUGGGCCAGAGCGAGCCGCCCGCCGCGCAGCCCGAAAACGCGCGCCCGGGCAGCGCGAAGCAGCAGCAGGCAGGAGGAACAGCGCAGCUGCCUGCUCCUGUAGACUCUCCAGCAGAACCACAACAACAAGCACAGCAGCAGCAGAACGCGCGGAAAGCUGCGCGCAACCCGGAUUCCGACCCGAAAGACGCCAGCACGGAUAAGCACUCCAAAGCCCUGGAGAAGGAGAGCCCUCUGAAGUCGCACGGCAGCAUCAUCAUCAUCACUACGGCAGCGGCGGCGGCAGCAGCAGCAGCAGCAGCAUCAGCAGCAUCCGACGCUCCUGCACCGGGCAACAAAGGUGAGAGCCCGAGGGACACCCGCAAGAAGCACCCGGGGAAUACGCGCGCGCUGCGCUCCGCAGCAUCCCACAGUCUCAACGGCAACGGAGGCGCUGCAGCAUCAGCAUCACCCAGCACCUCCAGCCCGGGCAGCGCGACUUUCACCGUGUCCAGUAACCCGCAGGCGAUCGCGCUGGACCGCGGGACGCCCACCAUCGCGCUGCACCGACUCCCGCGUCACAUCAUCGCAAGCAUCGCGCAGAAUGGAAACGGCACAUCCGUGUCCGCGCUGGUCCAGCAGGGCGCGCGUAUCGGAGCGGCGGGCGCGCAGGUCAACCACAGCAAUCCACCCGCGGACGCGCCCGGGAACAACGCGAAACCCGCGGCGACCUCGGCGCCUCCCACCGCGGCCACAGCAGCGCCUGUCAAACCCGCUGUCAGUGCGGCUCCGGUCAUCAGACCCGCGCAGACACAGACGCAGCCGCAGACGCAGACGCAGCCGCCUGCACAGCAGAGGGUCGUAACGCCGCAGCUGAUUGUCAGACCACCGCAGCAACAAACUACAAUACAGCUGCCGCCCGGAUUCACCAUCCCACCAGGUAUGGUGCUGGUCCGGACGGAGAUGGGUCAGCUGGUGAUGGUUCCUCAGCAGGCUCUGGCUCAAGCUCAGGCCCAGAACAGCGUCUCACCGCGGCCCUCCACGCCCACCAGCGUGGCCACAUUCAGGGUCACGACCCCACAGUCUCCUGUUAGCACUCAGGCGAUUCGUCCCGCUCCUGCGGCGCAAACGAAACCGGUCCAGUCGAGUUCACCGAGCGCCGCGGCCCAGACCAGCACCGCAGCCGGCCCCGCUAAGGCCCCCGUGGCAGCCGCCGUGGCAGUGACAGCUCCCCAGCAGGUCCAGCCAGCCUUGGGCCCCCAGGGGCCCCUCACUCAGAUGCCACUGGCCCCGCAGCAGAGUGCUCCCCCAGCCGCCCCGGCCCCUGGAGCUCCGCUUGUCUCCCAGGAGAUGCAGGAGAACGUGAAGAAGUGCAAGAACUUCUUGGCGACGUUGAUCAAGUUGGCAUCCCAUAAUUCCCCUUCCCCAGAGACGUCUCGAAACGUGAAAGCGCUGGUGCAGGAUUUACUGGUACGUGUGGCGCCCCUGCUCCAGAAAUAUCUGAUUUCGAUGCAAAGACUCGAUCGGAGGAAGGAGUUCCCACGAUCGAUGAAAAAACCAGUGCCUUCCAACGGUACCGAGCUGACAUUCUUCCUCCGCGAGCCAAAACUAGACAUCGUCAGCCCGCUGUGUCCACAAGGGGCCUGGGAUCUCAGCGAGAUGUCUUUGCUUACUGGAGGUCAUGAUCUCUGUCGGGAACUCUGUUUCAGCCUCUACGAGGAAAAAACUGACGACUUCACCCACUUGCCUCAGUUUUGUAUCCUGCAGCUGUUCAGAGGAGUUUGCGCGCAUACUCGAGGGUUUGUAGCAGGGAGGCUCCUGGGCACCAAUGCGGCGACGAGUAUGUCCAGAGACGAUGAUGACAUCAACGAUGUGGGUAUGGCCGGCGUGAACCUCACUGAGGAGGAGCGCACGUAUCUAGCGACCAACUCUGAUCUGGUGGGAACGCAGAUCCGGUCCUGUAAAGCGAGGGCCUUCCUGUCUACAGGUCUGCUACACCGCGUUAUACUGGAGACAGCGAAGAGGUUUGGAGUGACGGACGUACCGCUGGAGGCUGUGAACUUCAUCUCUCACGCCACCCAGUCCAGAUUACGGACAGUGCUGGAGAAAGUUUCCUCCAUCGCCCAGCACAGAAUGGACUCGUGUAAGGAAGAUGAGGGGUACGAGCAGUCGUCUGAUGUGCGCUCGCAGCUCAAGUUUUUCGAGCAGUUGGAACGGAUGGAAAAGCAGAGGAAAGACGAGCGAGAACGAGAGAUUCUCCUCAGAGCAGCGAAGAGUCGCUCGCGGCAAGAAGAUCCAGAACAAGCCCGUCUGAAGCAGAAAGCAAAGGAGAUGCAGCAGCAGGAACUCGCCCAAAUGAGACAAAGAGACGCCAACCUGACGGCACUCGCCGCUAUCGGCCCUCGGAAGAAACGCAAAGUGGACUCACCAGGAGCUACAGCGACAGGCACUGAGGUACGAACCUCUCUACACCGAACCGUAUUACAUGAGUGCAAGCUGAGAUAUGAAAUUAAAACACCCUUAGUGGUUUUCCGUGCAGCCCAAGAGGGAUUGGCGAGGAAGAGAGAAGAUGAAAGCGCCAUACAUCACGUAGGAAAAAGCAGUUUAGUGCCGCAGUUUUCCCUGUGGUCCUGUAGAGUGGUGCGGGAACUGGCCUACGGGAAAGUCCGGACAAUAGCACUCUAUAUAAUUAAGUUUCUGAAGAAAGAAUUUGACUGCAGUUUUGCCAUGGAGACGCUACAGCAACCAGAGCCAAAACUAGAAGCUGCUGAUCUCUUCUUUGGAGGUCCGGGCCCCGAGGGCGGCGCGGCGCUGCCUGUCCUGGGGGGAAAUGAAACCCCUUUCAGCACAAUUCCACCGUCAGAUCUGCUGAUGCUCACCGAGACGAGAGCGAAGGGCCACACUGCGCGGGGUCCAGAUACGGAUAACGUGCCCUACGCGUCAGCUGCCUUUCCAUUAGGCCUGCGAUGUUCGCUGUGUGUUUACAGAGCCACAAUCAAGUCUAAUUGUGCAACGUCUGUGGGGAAGUUCGGCCAGGUUUCUCCGGGACGGAUCGUCAGUGCCCCGAUCUUGCUGUCAACGGCCAGUAUAACCGCCAAGAGAAUAACACGCGUCAACCUCAGGGACUUCAUCUUCUACAUGGAGCAGGAGCGAGAGACCAGCAGAUCUCUCUUACUGUACCGCGCUCUCCUGAAGUAGCCAACGCUGAGCGAAUGCUGAGCCAAUCAGCAGCCAAACCACCCGAGCAGCGAUCGACUUCCCCUCAGCCCUGCGACGUGCCUUCAGCCCCGUUCACCGCGUCUGUGUCUGUGGGCUCAUUGAUGUUCA